AUGGAUAAUGAUAUGAGCAAGGAGAUUCACAGCUUUGUGAAUGAGCAUCUGAUGGCAAGCUGGCUGAGUACAGAAUCGUCAUUCACAGAGGAUUUAUUCGACACUGUCAUUGUUCAAGCGCCAUCGAAAACAUCCACCGAUGCAGAUUAUGAUGAUGAGCUAGCACCAUUACAGCAAAAUAAGAAGAAAGGACGAUUACGUACCAAGCUAUCGAUCGCUUCUAUGAUGAACAACAAUAAUAACAAUUCCAGCACCAACAAUCGAUCCAUACCAGCGUCAUCAUCGACUUGCUCUAUUGCACACUCUAUCACCAGCAGCAUUGGCUCAUCAUCUUCACCCACAACUACAUCCCCAAAAAGGGUGAUGUCUUCUUUUCGCCGAGUCAAAUCAUUCCAUCGUUUGCGAGAGCACAUCAAUAACAAGAAAACAACGCUGGCUACCUCACCUAGCAACGUCUCAUCCGUAUCGCCCAUGUCACCACCACCUGCAUACCAGUAUCAACGACGCCCUCAUUCCGCUUUAUAUUACUCAGCAACGGACCAUGACGACAGCGUAUCCACGUCCUCCUCAUCCUGUUUUUCACAUUGUGGCGGUAUCAAUAGCAGCAUCACUACCACUACUGUUGGGAAGCUUUCUCAUGUUAUCCAGGAGCUUGUUGAAACAGAAAAGGCUUACUAUCAAGACAUACAGCUCAUUCACGAUAUAUACAUGUUCCCCGAAACGCCAUCACCUUUUACUGAACACGAGCAUAAACUUUUGUUUGGUAACAUUACUGCUAUCCUGGAUCUGGAAAAGGAGUUGGUGCCCUUGUUAUGCAAUGACGAAAACAAUAUCGGUCAAGUUUUUAUGCAAAUGAUGGAUAGGAUAGAGCAAGUCUAUUGCACGUAUUGUAAACGCCACCAAGAUGUAAUUAAUGCUCUCAAUCAUGCACAACAAACAAGAGCUGAGGUGCAAUCUUUUUUGAAGUCAUGCUAUAAAGCUAUGCAAGGACGAACGACAAGUUGGGAUUUACCUAGUUUGCUUAUUAAACCGGUCCAACGUGUGCUCAAGUAUCCUUUGCUGUUACAGGAAAUGGCCAACUUGGCAUCCCCAACAGAUCCUGACCUUGAGGCUGCUGCCGCAGACAUUCAACGCGUGGCUGACUAUAUCAAUGAAAUGAAACGACGCAAGGAUAUGGCUGAGAUGAUCCUUACUGGGAAGCCUGAUCAGACGAGCCAGAUGGUGCAUGGUAUCAACAAGACGAUUGCACGACGUGCGUACCGCUUGAAAAAAGCUGUCGGCAAAAAGGGCAACAGCAAUAAUGGUGACAAGGCAUCGACAAUGGCGCAGGACGCCAUUUUUGAUACACUCUAUCAGCGAUUCGAAUAUCAACAGCAAGUAGGCCAUCAAUUAGCCGAUCGUUUGAUGGCGUGGGUCGACAUGGUCAAAGCAUUAUGCGCACAAACACAUACAUUUGCUGUGAGCAUGGAGGAUUUUUAUGGGCCAUGGGGACCUAUUCAAGAGUUUAGUAAAGUGACCUUUGAUUGCAUUGCAGAGGAAUUGGAACGGCAAGCCCAAGAAUUGGUGUCUACACGUUUGAAUACUUAUCAUCGACUUUUUGAUCGACCAGCACAAGUGAUUGCUAAACGUGCUCGCAAGGUGGUAGAUCAUGAGCGUGCUGAAAGCUCGGUUGACGAUGAAGCGUAUAUGGCCAUCCACACACAACUUGUUGAGGAAUUACCAUCAUUCCUUGCUCUUGCUGCAGAGUACUUUGAUAUUGUAAUGAAUGAGGUUCGUAUCAUGCAAGCAGAAACGUAUCAACGAUUAUGGCAAGAAUGGCUACGACUUGCCACUAUGCUACCAGCCAACGGCGAGAAUGGGGGAAAUCAAUCCUCGCAUACACCGCCAACAACACGCGAUAUCAUUAAUGAAUAUCAAUCACGCAUGUUGCCGCUACAUGAAUGCAUGGAGAACAUUUGCGCUAUCACUCAAUCGAAACAAAGCCCGUUGUCAUCGCGACGUGUCAGCAGCAGCAGUAGCAACCAUAAUCCAAGCAGCGAAGAAGAUGAUUUAAUGACCUGGGAUGAAAUGCUUAAAGCAUCUUCAUUGCCGAGAAAGCGAGAUUCGGGCGUUGAUGAAAAAUUGGGAGGGGAUAAUAAUAAGGGUCAUGAUCCCACUACUGACGAUGGUUCACCGCUUGAGGCAAACCAGUUGCGAAUGGCCAAAUAA